AUGGAGCACGAACAUCUAAUAGACCCCGACCUCAUCGAUCAUGACGCUUCUGCGCAGGCGGUACAUAAUCAGAUUGAAGCACCAGUGGACAGUAUGGUGGCAUCCACACUGGGAGAAAAUGGUCAGGACGACGCAAUACAGCUUGGAGAACGGCUCGAGAAGCCACUUGUUUCUUCAAAGCAUCAUGGAACCCGUCUUUACCACUCUGGCUACGUCCUUGUGUUGAUCUUGCUCUAUGCGGCACUCGCGCUUUUCGCCUGGAUUGUGACGUGUACUCUAACAUUUCAUCCGAUAACGUCAACGUCAAAUUAUGGUGUGAAUUUUGACGUACCGCAUGCAUACGGUUGGACUGGAGCCUCUGUUAUCCACUCAUUUUACACCAAGAACGAAGAGUGGCUCCAAGCUGCUCAGUUCAUACAUUCAGUUGUGGCCGUUCUCACUCUUCCUCUCGUUUCCGCAGUAUGCUCCAAGGCCGCUGUCACUUUUGCACAGCAACAGGGCCAGCGAGACUUAACACUGCGUCAUACCAUAGUUUUGGCUGACCGUGGCUGGUCCGAUCCUGAUAUAUACGUAAAGCUCAUGGCAGGCGGGUACAAAAAGUAUGGAAGCAAGCUGCUCAUUUUCGCAAUCAUGCUGAACAUCAUCGGUACUCCCUAG